GCUCAAGAUGAUUACCAGAGACUGCGUACUAUGAAUCUCCAUUCACCAUCAUCUGUUAACUACUUCUAACCAACGUUACAUUUUUACGCGGCGUUGACGUUUUUACUCCGGAAGCUGGCAGACGUGGGCGUCGAUCAUACCGUUCAACACAUUGUCAGCGUAAUGGCUCCAAGCUUCGCACCGAAGAACUUGCAACAUAAUGAAAUCUUGCUCGCAAAUGAUAAUCUUCUGUACAAUGCCCACGUGCAAAGUAUACACAUGUGUAAACAGAGCGACAGCAGAGCGUGACGGCAUCCCUAGGGCAGACCCCAAAAUCUCAGAUAAAAUCUCAGAUACGCCGGCCGUAAUGCUCACCAAAUACAUCACCGCCGUGAAGACGAGCUUCUCGCCCUUCAACCCGCGAUCCGGCAAGACAGUGCGGAGUUUUCUCGCCUUGCUCCCUUCAAAUGCACGCUCGACCAUGGCGAUUGAUGUGAAGAUGUUCGGAAAGGCACAGGCAGAGGCGCCAGCGACGCUCGCGAUUUCAUUCAAAGACGGAAAGGAGAUGAAGAUCGAUUUGGAGAAGAUGAAGAUUAAGGAUAUCCAGCAAGAGGUCGAUCGACACGCACGAGGUCUACGGAGAGUUGAGGAACUAUCAGGGAACUAGUCGUACUGGAAGAUUAUUGAACGAAACAAUUAUAGGAGGAUGGGUUGCGAUACAGCACGGAUC